GGGUCGGAAAAGCUGCCUCACGGGUGUGCGCUCCGGCCCCUCCGCUUCACUCCCUCCCUCCCGGGCCUCCCUUCCAGUCUGCGCUGCGCCCUGUCCGAGGCAGCGCCCGCUGCCGCCUCACCAUGUCCCAGCCCGGCCAGAAGCCCACCGCCUCCCCGCGGCCCCGGCGCGCCGCGGCGGCCCACCACACCAAGGAGCGUGUCAGUGAAAAAACCAGUGGAUCACCUUCUAAACCAGAAGAAAAGAAAGGAGCAGUUGAGAAAAAUGCAGCAAGCCCUGGGAGCAGUCAGCCCUCCAGAACACAUGCUAGUGGAACAACGUCUACCAGCAAGGUGUCAGCUUCCUCUGCUGCAACCAGCAAAUCUUCCAGUAUGAAUCCCACAGAAACAAAGGCCAUUCUAAUCAACAAACAGAUAGAAGGACCACUUUCUCCUAUCAAGAAAAGACACAAAAAGCAGGCUGCAAAAACAGAACCUGAAAAGAAGUCACAAUCAACUAAGCCAUCUGUGGUUCAUGAGAAAAAAACGCAAGUAGAAAAGCCAAAGGAACACAAAGAGCCAAAAAGCUUGCCCAAGCAUGCGUCAGACACGGGAAGCAAGCAGGCUCAUAGUAAAAAAGUUCCUAAAUCAAGUGAGCAGCUGACAACAGAGAAAUCAACAGAACCAAAGACGAAAUCACAGGACACGAUUUCUGCUGGUGGAAAGAGUGCUGUUGCUGGUGUAGCCGCAGCAUCUGGCAAACCAGAUGACAAGAAAAAAGAAAAGAAACCAUUAGCAACAGCUGCACCAGUUGACUCCAAACCGACUAAGCCACCUGGAAAGUCAGACAUGGAAGCUGCUUUGGAUGACUUAAUAGACACUUUGGGAGGACCUGAAGAAACCGAAGAGGCUAAUACAGCAUACACUGGACCGGAAGUUUCGGAUCCAAUGAGUUCUACCUACAUAGAGGAACCGGGUAAAAGAGACGUUACAAUUCCUCUAGAAUACAGGGAACUUUUGGCUAAAAAUGAAGGAAUCGCACAGCCCCCUGCAGACUCUGUGAAACCCAUGGGGCCUGAUGAUGCUAUAGAUGCCUUGUCAUCCGACUUCACUUGCAGUUCUCCUACUGCUGCUGGAAAGGACACUGAGAAAGAGAAAUCUACAGAAGAGGUUUUAAAAGCUCAAUCAGCUGGGGUAAUCAGAAGUGCUGCUCCACCCCGUGAGAAGAGGAGAAAGGUGGAGGAGGAUAUAAUGAGCGAUCAAGCACUCGAUGCCCUUUCUGCUUCUCUGGGCACCCGGGAGCCAGAGCCAGAGCUAGACCUAAGCUCUAUCAAGGAGGUCGAUGAGGCAAAAGCCAAAGAAGAAAAGCUGAAGAAGUGUGGUGAAGAUGAUGAAACAAUCCCACCUGAGUUCAGACUAAAACCAGCCACGGAUAAAGAUGGAAAACCACUAUUGCCAGAGCCUGCAGAAAAACCAAAGCCCCUGAGUGAAUCAGAACUCAUUGAUGAACUUUUGGAAGAUUUUGACCAGCCUAAAAGUAAAGAAAAACCACCUAAGCCAACUAAAAAAGUAGAAGAAUCUGAGACCCCAGCCCCAACUCCUGUGGGAGAGACUGUGUCUCGGACCUCGAUGUGUAGUAUUCAGUCCGCACCGCCCCAGCCAGCCACCUCGAAGGGCGCUGUGCCAGGUGAUGCUGUAGAAGCCUUGGCUGGUAGCCUGGGGAAAAAGGAAGCAGAUCCAGAAGAUGGAAAACCUGCGGUGGAUAAAGUCAAGGAGAAAGCCAAAGAAGAGGACCGUGAAAAACUUGGGGAAAAGGAAGAAACAAUUCCUCCUGACUACAGAUUAGAAGAGGCCAAGGAUAAAGAUGGAAAACCACUCCUUCCAAAAGAGCCCAAGGAACAACUUCCACCCAUGAGUGAAGACCUCCUUCUCGAGGCUUUGUCUGAGGACUUCUCCGGCCCCGAAAACACUUCAUCUCUUAAAUUUGAAGAUGCCAAACUUUCUGCUGCCGUUUCUGAAGUGGUUUCCCAAACCCCAGCUUCAACCACCCACUCUGCAGCCCCACCCCCUAAGGCUUCGGAAAGUGACCACAAAAAACUCGACGAUGCCCUGGAUAAACUUUCUGACAGCCUAGGACAAAGACAGCCUGACCCAGAUGAGAACAAACCAAUGGAGGAUAAAGUUAAGGAAAAAGCUAAGGCUGAACAUAGAGACAAGCUAGGAGAGAGAGAUGACACUAUCCCACCUGAAUAUAGACAUCUCCUGGAUGCUGACAACUGGGGCAAACCAGGGGAGCCAUCUACAAAGAAACCCAAGGAAUCAAAGAAACCUGGGGAUGACCGAGACCCCAUUGAUGCCCUAUCAGGGGAUUUUGACAGCAGCCCCUCAACUACAGACACCUCACCGAACACAGCAAAGGACAAAGACAAGAAGACUGAUUCCAGCACCAAAGCACCCAAGAAUGAGGAUGAAUCAAAGGAGUCAGCAAAGGACAAAGACAAGAAGACUGAUUCCAGCACCAAAGCACCUAAGAAUGAGGAUGAAUCAAAGGAGUCAGCAAAGGACAAAGACAAGAAGACUGAUUCCAGCACCAAAGCACCCAAGAAUGAGGAUGAAUCAAAGGAGUCAGCAAAGGCAAAGGAGGAAGCUUCCAAGCCAAAAGCAGAUAAAAAAGGUGAAAGUUAAAGUUUACAGUAUUUGGUAUCUGCAUAUAAAGUCUUCAGCUGGUGGAUGGUGACUUUUGAAAAACAAACGGCUUUGACAACAAACAACUUUUUCUGGGUGGCUUCUAGACUGGUAUUUGUUGAGUCUUUGAAUAUCCCAAACAUUGGUUUGUUAUUCUUUUCCAGGAAAGAAAUUGAAUUUCUCUGGUU